UGACCGCAUUGAAACGGCGUCGUUCAACCGAACCGAAACGAGAAGGCAACGGAAGAGUUAGUCCCCCUUUUCCCUUGUAGCAGAGGCAAUUCGUCUUCCAUCGCUCUAGGUUUCGUGUUGGAAUCAGCAAACAAACCCUAAUUUUGCCCCUUCUCCUGAUCAAUCGAUCUGUCGAUUUGAAGCUCCAGUUUGUAUUUUUCUUCCGUUUCUUGAGGGUAGUCGGAGUAAGGUGGGUCUUGCGAUGGCCAAAAGUUCCUUCAAGCUCGAACAUCCCCUUGAAAGGAGGCAGGCAGAAGCUGCUCGCAUCAGGGAGAAGUAUCCUGACAGAAUCCCUGUGAUUGUGGAAAGGGCUGAACGGAGUGACAUUCCUGACAUUGAUAAGAAGAAAUACCUUGUCCCAGCAGAUUUAACUGUUGGGCAGUUUGUUUAUGUGGUCCGGAAAAGGAUUAAGCUCGGUGCUGAGAAGGCUAUUUUUGUGUUUGUCAAGAACAUUCUACCUCCCACUGCUGCUAUUAUGUCUGGAAUUUAUGAAGAAAACAAAGACGAGGACGGUUUUCUUUACAUGACCUACAGUGGAGAGAACACAUUUGGAUCCCUCUAAAUUGCACUGAUGUCUAAUCCCUGUAAAUAGAACUGGAAGCAUUGAAGUAAAUUCUUGGCAGUCCCUCCUUUUAAAUUGCAAUGACUAGCAUGGUCAUAAUGUUUGGUGUCAGCUUUGGUUUGGAUUGGUAGCUUUAAUUUCAUGCUCUAAGAAAUUUGAUUUGAUAGUCUCUUUACUGAUCUCAUUUGAAUGAAUGAAAUCUAUUUUUAAGCAA